AUGUUUGGAGGAUUCAAAGAUCCCACAGAGGAGCUUCCACCUGGCCACGACACGGUGUGCAAGAUCCUGAUCCAGCACUCGGUCGACAUCAACUCGCGCAACGUCUUCGACGCGUCUGCUUUGGACCUAGCGGCUACGGCUGGUCAUCUCCAAUGCGUCCGCGUGCUCGUCGACAGUGGGUUGGUGGAAUGUGGAUGGGGAUCGGUUUACGCCGCAAAUCCGGUGGGUCUGACGGCACUCGGCAUCGCGCUGCAAGCCGGGCACAGGACAGUAGCCGAAGCAUUGUUGGCGAGACCGGAUUGGCGGCUUCUUUUGCGCCGUUCAAAUACCCUGACGCACACCCGACAUAAGACGGAGAAAGAGACGCCGAUGCGGAAGAUGAUCGCCAAAUUCCCCGAGCUGGCGUCGCUGGUGAUGGACAAGUGUAUAACG